GUCCAGUCCAGGAGGAGAGGAAUGGCCCCCUGCCUCCUCAGAAGCCCCAGGAGCCUUCCUCGAACCACACUGCUCCUGCUCCUGAAAAAGGUUCUCUGCAGUCUGUGAGGAAAACACUCAGGAAUAUCUUCACCUCUAAGAGCAGGCAGACAGAGGGCCCGUCUCAGGAGCCGUGUCCUCCUCCGCUGUCAGACACAAUGACACCAGAAGAGAUUAAAGCGUGGGAAGAGGAAGAGAUGGACAAGCCGAUGGAAAUCGAUGAGAUACGAGUGGACCCUUCCCCUUUUCAGCUGGUGGAGAGAACAUCGUUACACAAGACCCACACCUUAUUCUCACUGCUUGGCUUAAGUCAUGCUUAUGUGACCAGUACUGGCAAACUGGUGGGGGUGGUGGCACUAAAAGAGGUAAGAAACAUUACUUUAUUUCACCCUGCACUUUGUUUUUCUUCCAGAAAUGGACAUUUACAUUCCUGUGUGUGCUGUGAACAGCAGUAUUUUUAG